AUGUUGCGACUGCCGUUUUGGCAAGGGCUGUUGCUCUCGCUACUUGUUAUAUCAACUCAAUCCCAACAACCUCAACAAUCCCCUCCACAACAAAAUGAGGAUCGGUGUCAAGACCGUUCUUGUUAUCCCAUCACCGGAAACCUGCUCAUUGGACGUAAAAGUCAACUGAAAGCCUCAUCGACUUGUGGUACCCAAGGACGUCAACGAUUCUGUAUUGUUUCUCAUUUGGAGGAGCAAACGAAAUGUUUUUAUUGUGACUCUCGCACCGAAUGGAAGCCACAAAGAGAACCCUACCGAUUGAGUCAUCGAAUCGAAAACGUCGUAACUGAAGUGAUGGAUGACAAGAACAGAAACUGGUGGCAAUCCGAGAACGGAGUUCAGAAUGCAACAAUCCAACUGGAUUUGGAAGCCGAAUUCCACUUUACCCAUCUCAUCAUGACAUUCAAAUCCUUCCGUCCAGCUGCCAUGAUUAUCGAAAGAUCAGCUGAUUUCGGAAAGACCUGGCAAAUCUACAGAUACUUUGCUUAUGAUUGUGACAGCAGUUUCCCAGGAAUUCCAGAGGGACCACCGAAGAAACAUACUGAUGUUAUUUGUACUUCUCAAUAUUCUGAUGUCGCUCCAUCGACUGGAGGAGAAAUUGUCUACAAGGUCAUCUCUCCACAUAUUGUGACUGAGAAUCCAUAUGCUGACGAGAUUUCUACGUUGUUGAAGAUUACUAACUUGAGAUUUAACUUCACAAAAUUGCACACUCUUGGAGACGAUUUGUUGGAUUACAGACCAGAAAUCGACGAGAAAUACUACUACGCCAUCUACGAGAUCGUCGUCCGUGGAUCCUGCUCUUGCUACGGUCACGCCUCCAGAUGUAUCCCUAUUGACCCCCAUGUCAGUCCGAAUACCGUUAUGGAACGAGCUGAUAUUGUACACGGAAGAUGCGAGUGUAUGCACAAUACGGAAGGAUUGAAUUGUGAGAAAUGCAAGGCAUUCUACAAUGAUUUGCCAUGGAGACCAGCUAUUGGUGAUGAAAAGAACGAGUGUAGACAGUGUAACUGUAACAGACAUGCGUUGAGAUGUCACUUCGAUAGAGCUGUUUAUGAAGCUAGUGGAUUUGUAUCCGGAGGAGUUUGUGACGACUGUAUGCACAACACCCAAGGAAAGAACUGUGAACAGUGUAAACCAUUCUACUACCGUGAUCCAAGACGUACCAUCGAUGAUCCACAUGUGUGUCUUCCAUGCGAGUGUGACAAGGCUGGAUCUCAGAAUAAGGGAAUCUGUGAAGGAGAGGAGGAUGCUGAACGUGGACUCGUGGCCGGAAAGUGUUACUGUAAGACGAAUGUCGAUGGAAAUCGGUGUGACCGUUGCAAGAACGGAUACUGGAAUCUUACUGAAACCAACAUUGAUGGAUGUGUUGCCUGUACUUGUAAUCUUCUCGGAACCUACAACAACGAAGGAUGUGAUAAGUACACUGGAUUGUGUACUUGUAAGAGACUCGUCACUGGAGAGAACUGUGAUCAAUGUCUGCCAGAACACUACGGAUUAUCGGAGCAUGUUGAUGGAUGCAAGGCUUGUGACUGUGAUAUUGGAGGAUCUUAUGAUAAUACUUGUGAUGUUUCAACUGGACAGUGCAAGUGUAGAGAAGGAUUCAGUGGAAGAAGAUGCGAAACAGCUGACUCAUCAUUCUACUGUGCUGACAUCACCCACUACGUCUAUGAAGCUGAGUACGCCAACCUCACUCGUGGAGAAGUCAAAACCCGCGAAUGGCCAACCCAAACUCAUGAACAAACAUGGACUGGAGAAGGAUUCGCUCAAGUUACCGAAGGAUCAAUCAUCACUGUCAACCCGAUUGUCGAAGUCUCCCAGAAAUACAACGUCAUCAUUCGCCAUGACGGAGCACGUGACCCAGUUGGAUGGGAGAAUGUUCAGAUUACUGUUGUCAGACCAGAAACCGAAGGAAGUGGAUUCUGUGCUGAUGCCCCACCAUCUGAUGAUUUCUUGAUUGCCAGAAUCUACCCGGGAUCCAGAUAUAUUGAAGUUCAACCAGCCAUCUGUCUUGAAGCUGGAGUUCAGUAUGAAUUGAGAGUUCAAUUCAAUGAAAAGAGAACUAACUCUCAUCCACAAGAACGUGCAGCUUCCAACAUCCUCAUUGAUUCGAUUCUCUUGGCUCCACCCACUUCUGAACUCCACAUCUUCCAAGGAUCCGCGAGAGCUGAACAACAUUUGACUGAAUACAAUCGUUAUCAAUGUAGGCAUCUUGCUCUGUCCCUCACUCUUUUCAAGGAUCAACGAAACGAAGUUUGCGAGAGAUACGUGUGUCCAGUUGCUGCUGCUCUUCUCAAUAAGACGAGUGAAUGUAACUGUGAUGCAACUGGAUCUGUAUCUGGAAUCUGUUCUGUUCAUGGAGGACAAUGCGAGUGCAAACCAAAUGUUGUCGGAAGAAGAUGUGAACAAUGUGCCAUCGGAACUUAUGGAUUCGGACCAACUGGAUGCAAGAAAUGCGACUGCGAUGCUGUUGGAUCACUCGGAAAUGACUGUGACAAACAAUCCGGACAAUGUGUUUGCAGAGAGAAGGGUAUCUAUGGAAGACAAUGUAAUCAGUGUCAACCUGGAUUCUGGGGAUUCCCCGAGUGCCGUACUUGCCAAUGUAACGACCACGCAAACAUCUGUGACCAGACUUCUGGAGCUUGUAUCGAGUGUCGUGACCUCACUACUGGACACUAUUGUGAUAGAUGUCAAGAUGGAUACUAUGGAGAUCCGAGACUCGGAGUGGGUAUUCCAUGUAAACCAUGCCCAUGCCCAGGAGGACCAACCAGCGGAUAUCAACAUGCCGACACUUGUUAUCUCAGAAAUUCAGGAAACAAUACGCAAGAUAUUGUUUGUAAUUGCAAAUCCGGUUACCAAGGAGAACGAUGCGGUGAAUGCGCUCAAAACCAUUGGGGAUCACCAAGAGAAGUCGGAGGAACUUGCGAACGAUGCGACUGUAAUGGAAAUAUUGACAUGUCGAUGGAAGGAAGUUGUGAUGCUGCCACUGGAGAGUGUCUCAAGUGUCUUCAUCAUACCGAGGGUGCUCAAUGUGAACAUUGCGUUGAUGGGUAUUAUGGAGAUGCCAAGUUGAAGACUUGCCAGAGAUGCGUCUGCAACGAACUUGGAACCAACACCACUAAAGGAGCCUGCGACCGUGUCUCCGGACAGUGCCCUUGCCACGACAACGUCAUUGGAAUGCAAUGUGAUCAAUGCGCCGAGAACCACUUCAAUCUUGCCAGUGGUGCUGGAUGUGAGGCUUGUGGUUGUGAUCCAAAUGGAGUUGUUCCAAAUCAUGAGGGUGUUCCACAUCUUCAAUGCAACAUUUUCGACGGACAAUGCCAAUGUAAACCAGGUCGUGGAGGAAGAAAGUGUGAUCAGUGCGAAGAUUUGUACUGGGGAGACCCGACAACUCCAGAUGGUUGUCACAGAUGUGAAUGUAAUCCAACUGGAUCGAAGAGUCUUCAAUGCCACAGAAAUAAUGGAACUUGCGAGUGUCAACCUGGAAGUGGAGGAGCACUUUGUAAUGAAUGUGCUCGUGGAUACACUGGACAAUGGCCAUACUGUAAUCCAUGCGGAGAGUGCUUCCAUCAAUGGGAUAACAUCAUGCAGAAACUUCAGAAACAAGUUCAUGCUCUUAUUGACACAGCCAAUAACAUUGAGGACACUGGAGUCGCUUCUGCUUAUGACGCUGACUUUGAGAAGAUGGAGGAAACUUUGAAGGAGACGAAGAAGACUUUGGCUGAUGCUAACAUUUCAAAGGAAGAUAUUGAGGAGAUGAGCAAGAAAUUGGCUCUUUUGAAGAAGCAAGUCAUUGCUGGAAGAGAAAAAUUGGGAGCAAUUGAGACGAGAAUCUCGAAUGUCACACAGGCUGUUGACUUUGCUCAGAAGGAUUUGGAACACUUGCAGAAGGAGUCCGAGAGAGUAGAAAAAGCAACUAUUGAGUUGGAAGAUAAGGCGAGCAAGAUCAAGGAGGCAGAUGUUCUUGGAGCAUUCAAUAUCACAAGAGAAUCUGGAGCCAAGUCAAUGGAUGCACAGAGAAGAACUGAUGCUGCCAUCGGAAAGUUAGCCGCUGCUGAGAGUCAAGCCCUUCGUGCCAGUGAACUUUUGGAGAAGAACAAGAAUGACUUUGAGAAGCAAUAUCUUGAGAAUGAAGCAGCUCUCAAUGAGGCAGAGACUCUUCUCAGCAGUCUUGAAAGCUAUCUUCCACGUCUCAAUGAACAAGUCUGUGGUGCUUCCAGUGCUCCGUGUGAUGCUCUUUGUGGAGGUCCAGGAUCAUGUGGUUUCUGUGGAGGACAAUCGUGUAUGGAGGGAGCUGUGAGCAAGGCUAACCAAGCGAAGAGCUUCGCAACUGAAGCAGACACCAGACUCGAUGAGAAACAAAAAGAAGCAGAAGAAGUGUUGGCUAUUGUCAGAGAUGUGCUCACAGAGACAACGAAGGCAAAGGCUGAAGCAGAGAAGGCUUACGAAGUGGCCAAGAGUACUGCUCAGAGAGCUAAUAAUUCUAGAGCUGGACUUGAGAAGAUCAAUGAUGAAAUCCAAGAGUUCGUGAAUGGUCAAAGAAGUACUCCAGAGCAAAUCCGCAAUUUGGCAGAGGAAGUUCUUGCGAAAAAGAUCAGUUUGACACCGGAUCAGAUUACUGAUUUGACUGGAAAAAUCAGAGAAUCAUUGGCGAAGAUCAACAAUAUCGAUGAGAUUCUGAAUGAGACCAGAGGAAACAAGAGUAUUGCGGCCAACUUGGAGGCUAGAGCCGCCCAUGCUAACAAACAAGCCGAAGAUCUUCAAAAGGCUAUGGAAGAGAUCCGUGAGGGACUUCAACUCGCCGAGCAAGCACAUAACAACGUGACGAUUGCCCUCGAAGAGAUCGAGAAACUGCAGAUACAAGCCCGUGAGGCCAUCGACAAAUCCCUUAACUCGACCGCGAAAAUCGAAGAGAAAGCUCAGACAGCCAACACGACACUGACUGAAUUGGAGGGUGUGAUGAGUGGAGUCAAAGUCGAGUAUCUUCAGAUUUCUGAGUCUGCGAAGAAUGCGUUGACAACUGUCGAUGCUGCAUUGGCUGCUGCAACGAAUGCAGAACAGAAGAAUAAACAGAUUCAGUCUGAUCUGGAACGUGCGAACGAGUUGCUCGAGAAGCGAAUGGAAGGAAACGUUGCUCCACAACAAAGAGCCGAGAAGUUGAGAGAAAGAGCCGCCAAGUUGUUGUAUCAAGCACAAAGACAUAAUGAUGAUAUUGACAACUUGUCGAAAGACUCAACCGAAAUGCGUCUUGACGACUACGAGGCGAUUUUGGCGGAUUUGCACUCGAGAUUGGAGCGAGUCACACAAGAUAUUCACGAUAAAACCGACUUCCAUGCCACGUGUGGAUAA